GAGCUUUAAAGUGCAGACCCUCUGCAGGCUUUGUUGAGUGGAAAAAAAAUGCACUGGAAGUUUCCUUUGGAUCUGUUAGCAUUUGCUGUGAUGCUACAAUAACACUUCAAAAUAAUCAUUAUGGACAGUGUAGCCCUUGAGUUUAGAGCUACAAACUCUAUUUGUUAAUUAAUAUUAGUUUAUAACACCCACUUUUAUCAAACAUUUACACCAAACAUGAUUUCACCUCUUUUCAGCAUUCAUCAUUAAAGUUAUUUCCACAGUAUAUACUGCAGCAGAACAGUCCCACACCAUGGUGCAGGCACCCCCAUAAUGGAGCUGAACACUUCCCUCCCAAUAAUAAAAAACAUACAUCAAUCAUAAUAACCACACAGGAGUUUGAUCAAACCACAGCAAACAUUAAGACUUUGUUUCCAUUAAAUGCUUCAGAACGUAACCUUACUCUUUUUUUCUUGAAUGAUUUAGAUUUUCCCAUGAUUCAUUGCAAGUAGGUAUGGGUUGUUAGAAGGCAUGCAUUGAAAUACCUCCACGGAUGGAACAACAGACUAAAGUAAUAAUUUGACCCAUGUUUUACUUCAAUACCAAAUACUGUAGAUAGAAGAUGAAUCUAAGUUUCAAGAUGUUAUCUUUUCACAGAUUUGAUGUUUGUUUAUUUUGUAUGUGAAUUUGAUCAGAGGAAUAUGGAAGCACUGACCUCAGUCACCCCCCACUGAAACAGGAGUUAAAUAUUCAGAACUAGGACGUAAAAACUGUGAGAGAAAACAGAUAAGUUAUCAGAAAAAUUAACGUGUUUCUUCUUAUCUUUAGAUUUAAAUGUUCCUUCUUUGUUCGGGACCUUUUACAUUUUACUCCAUAUUGCGUCAAGAGCAUCCUCCACUUCCUCUGCUUCACACAGCACAAAGAGGAGCAGAGGACCGGCCGCAGUCCCCACACAGAUUCUUGAGCGGGGCCGAAAUGAAAACGUCUGAUGUGAGCUCUGAAGCUGUUUGUUCGUCGGUGCUAAAUGGAGCUAUUGUAUGCAAAUUCUCUGCGCAGAAGCAUCUGACCCGCUCAGUGCAGGGCAGUGGCUAGUGUGAGAGAAAUCAUUAGCAAUGCAAAGUCAUGGUGCUCUGAAAGUCUCGGAAAAAAAAAAAAAAGUUCUGCUCCUUUCUAUGGUUCUGGAUGUACCUGAUUCCAAACUGUAGCUGAAGACCCGGAACCAAAGAUGAACUGGGCAUCAUUUUAUGCCGUCAUCAGUGGUGUCAAUCGUCAUUCCACUGGCAUCGGCCGUAUCUGGCUCUCCGUCCUGUUCAUCUUCCGCAUCCUGGUCCUGGUGGUGGCGGCUGAGAGCGUGUGGGGAGACGAGAAGUCCGGCUUCACCUGCAACACCCAGCAGCCUGGCUGCAACAGCGUCUGCUACGACCACUUCUUUCCCAUCUCCCACAUCCGCCUCUGGGCACUGCAGCUCAUCCUGGUGUCCACCCCAGCCCUGCUGGUGGCCAUGCACGUGGCUCACCGCCGCCAUGUGGACAAGAGGAUCUACAAACUGUCAGGACGGACCAACCCCAAAGACCUGGAACAGAUAAAAAGCCAGAAGAUGAAGAUCACAGGUGCUCUGUGGUGGACAUACGUCAUCAGCCUGUUCUUCCGUGUCAUCUUUGAGGUCACCUUCAUGUAUCUCUUCUACAUGAUCUACCCUGGUUAUAAGAUGAUCCGGCUGGUGAAGUGUGACUCCUACCCCUGCCCCAACACGGUGGACUGCUUUGUGUCCAGGCCCACAGAGAAGACUGUCUUCACAGUGUUCAUGCUGGCUGUGUCGGGGGUCUGCAUUUUGCUCAACAUCGCAGAGGUGGUCUUUUUGGUGGGGAAAGCCUGCAGCAAACACCUACACGACGCUGGAGACACCUCUAUGGGAGCCUGGAUCCAACAGAAGCUCCGCCUGCUCUAACAGAGCAAGAUUUUCACAGAAAUGUAAAGUUAGGACGACAGUUUUGCACAGCUUUUAAUUCCUCUGAUUCUAUGGUAACUGAGCUACAAAAAUCAACUGGACACACAUAACACACGACAGCUGUAACUUCAUCCAUCUAAGACGUAUUUAUUUACGAGUCAACUGAACACAUUAAUCUUAUUUUUUUGGCUUUUUGAUUUAUCCUUCGAACAUAUUUUAAUAAUGUUAUUCAAAUGUUGUGAAAUGGUAUCUGUACUGUGAUGGCGUACUGUACUGCAGUUGCUUCUGUUUUAGGUUAACUCGAUGAACUGCUUUUUCUGGAAAAUGGUUGCACUAACAAGAGGUUAUUACCUUUGCAACAGUGAGGGUUGUAUACCUUCAGAUUAUGACCUGAAAGAAAUAUAGAAUAAAAUCAGAAGCAUUGCAGUCAUUUUUCUUUUAUGUUGCAGGUUGUCAAAAAGGUAACAAAAGUUUGAAUACCUUUUCUCUUACUGACAAAUUGGCAGAGAGUGCAACAUCUGGAAAUGUUGUUGAAUUAGAUAGAUUUUUACAAUUAACACAAUACAAUAAAAGGAGACAACAUGUGUAGAAAUCACACAAACUGACCUGCAAGCGAUGCACCAGAGGGGGGGUGAAGAAGCUGAAAGUUGUAUUUGAGUAAGAGAAGCUUUCCUUCAAAUUAGUGUUUCAUUUGUUGUCAUAAAAAAAAGAUUAAGUCAAGAGUUUAAUAAAAGUAUCUGAAACUUAUCAAGUACUGAGUAACAAGUUGCUCAAAAAAUGAAUAAAAGUAAUUCUUGCUUUAUUCAAAUGUAAACUUUAUUUAUAAAGCACUUUUUAUACAACAGCAACACAAAGUGCUUAUAAUUAAAUAAGUUAUACUUGUGAUUAAAUAAAAAGUGUUUUUAUGACUAAAAAACUGUAGAUUUAGAUUUUUUUUUUAAAAAUUACUUCAAUAUGAUGUAACUACAUAAAUAUGACAAUCUACUUCUAGGAAACAUAACAGCUAGACGGCUCAGUUGACUGCAUGUGUGACUGGAGUAUGGGGAAUCAGGGUUCGAUUCCCAGGUGGUGCAAUGAGCCAAAUCCAGUGUUGGCAAGACUCUUACUGCAUAAAUGGUAAAAUCAGGUAAAAUCAUAGACAUAUAUUAUCACUGGACAAGGCAAAGUGUUGACCUCACCCAAAUGCCUUAUCUCCACCUCUUGCGAAAUCCGACCAAAGUUGUCUCUGCAGCUUCCUGAUACAUGGGCCACCAUUUUGAAACCAGUCGACAGUGAUUGGUCCGAGUCGGUCUGAGUCCCGUUUUUAGGGGAACUACUUUCACCAAUCAUGAGUGAGCUAGUUUCGGCUUAUUCGAAGUCCACAUCCCUAACACUCUGGGAAUCUGUCAAUCAAAUGUUGGCCAGCGGGCACCACAUGCUUUUACUAAGGCACCUGGUGUGAAACUUGAAUAAAUUUCAAUAAAGAAAAAA